AUAAUAAAAAUAAUGAUUUUUUCUUUGCUGUUGUCGAGGUUACGUUUUGCACGCCGUGAAUUCAACAUGUUCAAAAAACAAAUACCAGUUUGAAAGUUUUUAUUUGAACUACUCUUGCUUUUAACUACAAAACCCGAAGCAGCCAAUCACAGAUUACUUAGUUUUCGUUCCAGUUCAUUAUUUUUCGAACAUAAACCUCAAAAUGAAAUUGUUGAAACCUAACUGGAUAUCUCACGACGGUCAUCCUAUAUUCUCAGUUGAUAUCCACCCUGAUGGCUCUCGCUUUGCUACUGGUGGGCAAGGGGCUGACACAGGACGCAUUGUGAUAUGGAAUAUGUCGCCUAUAGUUGAUGAAUCUGAUGAAAAGGAUGAAAAUGUCCCAAAAUUAUUGUGCCAGAUGGAUAACCACUUAGCUUGCGUAAAUUGUGUAAGAUGGUCUGGUAGUGGUAAAUAUCUGGCUUCUUGUGGCGAUGACAAGGUUCUGAUGAUAUGGCAGAUCGGAAGAUAUGGUACUGCUGGCUCAACAACUUUUGGAAGCAAUGGAAAGAUGGUAAAUGUUGAACAUUGGAGGUGUGUUAGUACAUUGCGUGGUCAUUCUGGAGAUGUCCUUGACCUAGCUUGGUCCCCAAGAGAUACUUGGUUAGCUUCAUGUAGUGUUGAUAACACGAUAGUUAUUUGGAACACUCUGAAGUGGCAAGAAAUAAUUGCAGUUUUGAAGGGACACAGUGGUUUAGUAAAGGGUGUUUCUUGGGAUCCUGUUGGGAAGUACAUAGCAUCCCAAUCUGAUGACAAGACAUUGAGAGUCUGGCGUACUCAUGAUUGGCAGCAAGAAGCUGUUAUUACUGAACCAUUCCUGGAGUGUGGAGGUACUACACAUGUCCUACGGUUGAGCUGGUCUCCCGAUGGCCGCUAUUUGGUUUCUGCCCAUGCCAUGAAUAAUUCUGGGCCAACAGCGCAGAUUAUUGAGAGAGAUGGAUGGAAAGCCAAUCGGGACUUUGUAGGCCAUAGGAAAGCUAUUACUUGUGUUAGAUUUAAUCCAAAUAUACUUUGUAAAAUUAGUAAAGAUUCAGAAAAGGUAGAACAUUUUUGUUGCUGUGCAAUAGGUAGUAGGGACAGAUCUUUAUCUGUAUGGUUAACAUAUUUGAAGAGACCUUUGGUAGUUGUUCAUGACUUGUUUUCAAACUCUGUUUUAGACAUAUCAUGGAGUCAGAAUGGAAAACAGUUAAUAGUUUGUUCAUGGGAUGGAACUGUGGCCUACAUUGGUUUAAGUGAUGAAGAGAUCGGAAAACCAGCGACAGAUGAGGAAAAGAAUACCUUGCAUCAGAGCUUAUAUGGAAAAAGUAUGGCUAUGACAAAUCAUUCUGCUUCAGCUGCAUUAACUGUUGUUGAAAAUCCAGACAUUUUAAAAUUCCAAGAAGAGAUCAAAGUCAAAGAUGAAGAAAAUUCAAAGGAAGAAAUUGUGAAUGGUUCACCAUCAUUACCUACAACAAAUGACUAUAGUAUAUCAAAAAUAGAAUUACAGUCUUCCUCAAAUUCUCAGAGUAGCAGGCCAGCUCCUCAUAUUAAAGGUCCUACAGAUAAACAAAUUGAAACUCGUCUAGCAGAUGGGAGGCGGAGAAUAACUCCGUUAUUUAUACCACCGCCUCCGGAUAUUGGUGAAGCUCCUGCUCCUUUCAAUAGCAGAGCUCCUCCCACAUUUAGCUCUUCUUCUGAAAGUAAGAGCAAGAUUGUUAUUGAAAAACGUGAUGAGUCAUGUGAUGCUUCUAGUCAUCAUUCUCAAACAAAAGUUGAGAAUUCAACUCCUGCAGUUGAUUCAUUUUCAUGUGUCGUUUCAUCAGUCAAUUCUGUCAUCAAUAGCACAAACACAUCUCUAGUAGCAACUUCCAUAAAAACAUCAGUCAUAUCUAGUACUUCAAAUUGCGCCCCUAUUGUUUCAACUACAUCAAAUAAACAAUCCAGUGUACUUACAAAUUCAACGAAUAAAGCUCCACAGGAAGAAACCAUUACAAAGCAAGAAAUUUUAACACCCAUUGUUCAAGAUCAAACGGAAGAAAAGCCUAAAGAUGCUGUUAUCAAUACAACUGUAGCUAAAACAAAAGAAUCAUCAUUAUCAGCUAAAACUCAUUCAUCAGAAGCAACACCAGUAACGUCACAGAAACGGAAAGCUGAGACUCCGUUACCUGGCAAACCUGAAAAAAAGAAACCUGGUCGGCCACCUUUGUCACAAAGCCAAAACAGAAUUUCUGAAACUCCAAAAUCGGUUCCAGCAGAAAAAACAGUUGUUCCUGAGAAAACUAUGUCUCCAGACAAAUCAUCACAAUUACAUUCUACCCUCCAUUUACCAGCAUUAAAAGUUGACAAAACAGCAAAUGUCGUGAUUUAUCAUGAAAAAACUAGUGGGACACCUGUCUAUUUAGAAAUUGAAAACAACAUAUCAGUUGGUUCAGGUGUUGUCAUACAUAGGUUAAAAUGCUUGAGUGGCACUAAUUUAAAAUGGGAAAUUGCCCUUAAUAGUAAAGGAGCUGCUACUGCUGGAAGCAGAUUGAUCAGCUGUGUAGUUUGUGAAGACAAGACACUAUCAGUUUUUUCAAACAAUGGAAGGCGUUUGUUUCCUCCAAUUGUUUUAACGUCACAUAUUACUCGCCUCACCUGUAGCGAUGAGUAUGUCAUGGUGAUAACUUCAAAAGGUUACAUGUCAGUCUGGGACUGUUUAAAAUUAAGAAGUUUAUUACAAAAUGAAUCUUUGUAUCCAAUAAUGCAAGAUGACUCUACAGGAGAUUUGUCAGUGAGAGGAACAGGGCUUAGUGAUAAUGGUAUACCUAUGGUUAGUUUGUCGAAUGGCAAAUCCUAUAUUUUUAGUCCAGAUAUGAAAGCUUGGUUAUUGGUAAGCAGUGCAAAUAAUGCUCUUCAAUUGUGUUCUGAUCAUCAGCUGAGAUUUUCUCCUCAAGAGCUUUCUAAUGGUACAAUAUUACCACUUGCUGCUCUACAAGGUCAAACUCAGAGCAAAACUAUGAGGCUUGCCCGUGGUAUUGUAAGUAGUGAUCCUAAUUUGAGGCAGAUAGGAACAUUAAGCCAUUUAGAUAACCAAUUAGCUGCCUCUCUAAGUUUGAAGUCCAGCAAAGAGUACAAAUUCUGGUUACUUUCUCUAGUCCGAUAUUUAGUUCAAGAAGGUCUUGAAGUAAGGUUACGAGAUUUAUGUGAUGGUUUGCUUGGACCAGUUAUUAAAACAUCGAAAACAUCUGACUGGAAGCCUACUAUAUUGGAACUGCAAAAAAGGGAUCUUUUAAAAGAAGUUUUGCUAAUCAUUGGUUCAAAUCUAAGAUUUCAGCGGCUGUUUAUUGAAUACAGAGAUCAACUAGAAAUGGUGAAAUCCUGAAUAUUAGCUAUGCAUUCCUUUAUUGUAGAAAAUGAAAUAUGUUCCUGUGGCCUCUUUAUACUGCCAUCUUUCUACAGACCACAGUGAAAAGUGCUCAACCAUAUAACUAAUCUUAUUAUAAAAUACUCUUAUUGUGAAAGUCUUUGUGAACUGAAGUGAUAAAAAAAAUUGCAAAUGUAGACAUAUUUUUAAACCCAUAAGCUAACUAUAUUGAACCCAAAGAGUGUUUCCCUUAUUUAUUAAUUGUAUAAAAUCAUUAAAAACUUCCUAUGCAUAGGAUUGAAAAAUCCUUUAUUAAAAUCUAGUAUGUGUAUGAAUGGAAGACAAAAAGGCCAAGCACAUAGAAGGUAUUGUAGAUAGAAGACAAAUACGAAAGUGGAUGCAUUACUUACAAUGAACAGUAUUUUUUUCUAAUCUUCAAGAUCUAUGAUAUUUAAUGUGCCAUAAUUCUGGUUUAGUCAAAUUGAGCUAUUAUUUUGCUUAGAUAAUUAGCUCAUGGUAAACGUGAUUGGUGAAAGUGACUACAGUUAUGUCUUUGGUUUUAAUUAAAUACAUUCAUCAUAUAAAUAGUAUAACUCCUGUAUAUAGGUUUACAUAAUUGUGAAAUUCAUUAUCUUGCAUUUUUAUUUAAGUUUUUAACUCAUAUUUCUGAUCAAUUUGUGAUGAUUUUUCAUCAGGAAAAAAAGGUGAUACUUUGUAAAUAGUAAUAAAAAUGUAUGAAAGUGCUUUAUGAUCAUAGGUUUUUUUCCGUGUCGAACUAAAAUGUUCUUAAGGCAUUGAUCAGUUUAAAUAAUCACAUCAUUUCUGCUGCAUUCAGAUUGAUAUUUUGAGCUUAAAUAUUUUAGUUGUGUAUAUAUAUUUAUUUUUCAUAAUAACCUUCAUUUUUUAAAAAGUUUUAUCAUAUUUUCUUUGAUAAAUUGCUUUACUGACCAAAAUCAUAAUUGAUAGCAUUCAUUUUUAAAAAAAAUCCUUAUCAAUUUGUAGGGCUGUUUGAAGUUCUUGAAAUAACUUGCUAGCUAGAAAAUCAUCUUAGAAAACAGAGAAUAUAUUUCCUCAUGAAUUACCAAUGAUUUUUUUUUUGUCUGCGACAUAGAUCUAUUGUAAUUUUGAUUAAAUGUUUAUUUAAUCAAUUUAUGGUUAUUUAUUACUUUUCAGAGACUUGGGAUAACAGUAAUAAAACUAUACUUCAAUCAGUAUUUCAUUUAUGUCUUCCUUUUUUCUAUGCACAACAUUAUUGAAUACUGUUUAAAUUUUGCAGAAAGUUUGAUAAGUUGAUAGG